GCUGGCCUGGCAACUGAGGUGGAAGAAUCUUGGAGAGAAACUGAUUAAAAAGUGGCUCAAUGCUAACAAUCUUCUUAAAUGCAAAGUCUUAUUUGAAGAUGUGCAGAGAUUAGAAGUUUGCUAAUAUUCAGUCCAUUCUGAAGGGAAAUUCCUUGGGCGACUGUGUGACUCAGGAGUUAAAAGCUGUCUAACACCAGCUGGUAAAGAAGAGCCCUCGGGAGUAGCUGUGUACACAGGAACAUUUUCUCCUGGAAGGGACAAUUCAAGCUGCAUCCUGUGAGGGUGUUCUUUUGGAGGUUCAGGUUGAAGUCACUAGGGUACGGCAAUCUAAAUGAUCUGGUGAAGUUUGGCAGCAAGUCACAAAUAGUUCUCAAACUGGAACGACUUCUGUGGUGGUUACUACAAGUUUGGUAGGAAGGUCCUCCAGCUUUCAAGGGGACAUCUAGAGUGGGAGCACAAGGUUAAGUUUGUUUACAACUUAGCCAGAGGUGCAGAACUGAAAAGUGGUCUAUGGUGGGAGCAGUAUUUUUUGCCUCUAGUGUCACACUUUGCACUGUAAGAAGAGACCUGAUGAUUGUCGUCAUUGGUGGAAUUGCAGUUUCCAUCAUAGCUUUCUUCUUUACUGUGAAGUUUAUUUACGAGCUGGUGGCACGGGUAAUUAAUUUUCUUCAAAAUGACAACAGAGGAAGGCAGGGGAACCGUACCAUUUAUGACUAUGUCCGUGGGAACUACCUGGAUCCAAGGUCAUGCCUAGUCACCUGGGAUUGGAAGGACCCUCAGGAAGUAGGGCGUAUCUUGACCUUCAGAGUACACUUGUUCUACAAGAAUGGGCAGCCAUUCCCGGCACAACGCCCAGUGGGUUUACGGAUUCAGAUCUCGCACAUGGAACUUGGGUUAGAUGUCCCUGUUACACAGGAAGUCCUUCAGGCACAGAACAAUAAUGUGGUGAAGGUGAGCUUCACUGUGAGGAAAGCAGGAAGGUAUGAAGUCAUUGUCAAACUUGGAGGAUUGAAUGUUGCCUACAGCCCAUACUACAAAACAUUUCAACCUGGAAUAGUGUUUCCAGCAAAAACAAAAAUCCUUUACCACUUCUCUACUCUGGUUCUAACAAAUGGACAAGAACACACAUUGCAGAUUGCUCCUCGUGAUGAGUAUGAUAAUCCAACAAGCAAUGCACUGGCCAUUGAUGACCAGGAUAAUUAUAAAGUGCAAAUAAAAGAGCUUGGUGCUCAUGAAAAUGAAGAUUCUGAUAUUUUAUUUAACAAAACCAUUUCUUCAAAUAAGACUACAUGCCUGGUUUUUCUUAACCUGACCUUGUGGAGAAGAGGUUGCUUUCGGGUAUCUGUUAUAUACUGGGAUCAAUUGAUUGGUAACGGCGAGUUUGACAUCAUCAUCCUUAGUGAAAAUGAGAAGAAUGUUGUAGAAAGGAAUGUAUCAACUCCAGGUAGCAGUGUUUAUUUUGAGGCGUACUUGUAUAGCACAACAAAUUAUGCUCAUUCACAGUGGCAAUUAUCUCCAGUUGCUCAUGCCUCUGUGAGCCGACACCAUUCAACCACCAUGGAUGAGGAAGAUGAUGAUAGAGAUGGGGAUCAGGAAAAUCAGACAACUGAAAAAGUGAAGAAACCCAAAAAGGUUUACUGUUACAUAUCAUCAAAGCAAUUCUCGGUGAAGGAAUUUUACCUGAAAAUCAUUCCAUGGAGACUUUUCACUUUUAGAGUAUGUCCAGGAACAAAGUUUUACUACCAUGGUCUAGACCCUGUGCACAAGUUCCAAACAUUAGUUGUGGAUGAUGGGAUACAACCUCCUGUGGAACUUAGUUGCAAAGAGAGAAACAUCAUGGCAGCAACAUUUAUCAGUUUCUUGCAUAACAACAUUGGGGGUUCUGAAACCUUCCAAGAUAAAGUGAAUUUCUUUCAGCGGGAACUCCGUCAGAUCCAUGUGAAACGACCACAUACAAAGAUUGUACUUAAAGUCAGCCGUCAUAAUCUCCUUGAGUCGUCCAUGAAAGCCACAAGAAAUUUCUCAGCCUCUGAUUGGAGCAAGAAUUUUGAGGUUAUUUUUCAAGAUGAGGAAGCACUAGAUUGGGGUGGACCACGCAGGGAAUGGUUUGAGUUGACCUGUAAAGCUCUCUUUGACACAAGUAGUACCCUGUUCAUGCACUUCAGUGACAACAACCAGGGACUAGUGCACCCAAACCCAGAACGGCCACCUCAUCUCCGACCAAAGUUGUAUGAGUUUGCAGGGAAAGUAGUUGGGAAGUGUUUGUAUGAAUCUUCCUUAGGUGGGGCUUACAAACAGCUGGUUUGCGCUCGGUUUACCCGUUCCUUCUUGGCACAAAUUAUUGGACUCCGGAUGCAUUAUAAGUAUUUUGCAACAGAUGAUCCAGAAUUCUACAAGAGUAAAGUUUGUUAUAUUUUGAACAACGAUGUGAGUGAAAUGGAUCUCGUUUUUGCUGAGGAAAAAUACAACAAGUUGGGACAGUUGGAAAAGGUUGUAGAGCUGAUAGCUGGGGGUGCGCAGGUACCAGUAACCAAUGACAACAAGAUAUUCUACUUGAACAUGCUUGCACAAUACAGACUAGCCACUCAGGUGCGCCAAGAAGUGGAGUGUUUCCUUAAAGGCUUGAAUGAAUUAAUUCCUGAAAAUCUCUUGGCCAUUUUUGAUGAAAAUGAGUUGGAGCUAUUAAUGUGUGGGACUGGAAAUAUCAAUGUACCUGAUUUCAAGACUCAUGCUGUUAUUGUUGGAGGGUCCUGGCAUUUCCGAGAGAAGGUAAUGAAGUGGUUCUGGACGGUGGUGUCCAGUUUCACUCAAGAAGAACUUGCUCGGUUGUUGCAGUUCACAACGGGCUCUUCCCAGCUGCCGCCAGGAGGAUUUGUGGCAAUGUGCCCGUCUUUUCAGAUCAUUGCAGCACCCACGCAGAGUUCCUUGCCCACAGCCCAUACAUGUUUUAACCAGUUGUGCCUUCCAACUUACGAUUCCUAUGAAGAGCUGCAUAAAAUGCUAAAACUGGCCAUUAAUGAAGGCAGUGAAGGGUUUGGAAUGCUGUAAUUCUGAAGUUCUUAAGGACACAAUCAUCUAUCCAAUGGAAGAUAGUACAGGAUCCAGGAUCUGGACAGUUAAAAGAUCGAAGAUCGCUGUGAAUUUUCCCUAUCUGCCAAAUGGACAUGGAUUGAGCAGUGAUUCUCUAUUAUUGUAACUUGAGUUUUCAAUCACUGGGCAAACAGGUUUGAAAGUUGAGGAGAAGUCGAUAUGGUACAGUUAAUGUUUUCCAAAUGACUUGGCAAGCAACUGGGUAGACAAGUACUCAGUUCCAAAAUAGAAGCAGAAGUUUCACAAUCUGUGGUCAAAGUGAUUCUUCUGUGUUCAUCUUAUUUACCAAUGGCUUAAUCUGGGAGAUCCUUUGAAGAUUUUAUCAUCUGACUGGAAAUAAGAGGAGUACUCUGAAUGCUCUGUCACCAAGCUCUUUGUUAAAUGGCUUCUAUGGCAUACAACAUUCUGUGUCCACCUCCGUUUUCAAGAAAUCUGAUGGCCUUGUGAUGGAAUGAAACACUUGACUAUGAAGGAAACUGCAAAUUCUGUCUCCCAAAUUCUCCCAUUGACUGAGCUUUCAUCAUACUGUUGGCCUUUUCUUAAUGACCGAGCUUUACAACCAACCUCACAAACUUCUGAAUACUGCACAUUUUUUGAGUUGAUCCGCGAGGUUAAUAUCAGCCAAACAGGGAUUUCGGCCAAACACAGGGUCAUGAGUAAGAAAUAACUGUUUAGAAGCGAUAUUUUAUUCAAGUCUCCAGAUAUUCAAGUACAUUGUUAAAUAAUUCUGUUAAGUGAAGUGGAAGAACAAUGAGUUGAUUAAUAAUGAAGAGGUGGAAGGACUUGCAUGUAUUCAGCGGAUAUUUGUAAAUAGAAUACUGCACAUUAUUCACCAAAAGUUCCAGAGAUCUCAAUGCAACCUAAGCAAGCCUCCUUCCCUGUACCAUCACAUUUCACAAUUGUAUAUCAAAUUCUCUAAAAGAUCAUGUUAGGAACAUUGUUAUGAGGACCUUUUUAGAAAGAAGUAAUUGUAUAAUGUGGUUGAGAUGCAUGUUGUAUCAGGUUGUGGUAUAUUACAGAUCAUUUGAAUGGUAAGUUAGUAAAUUAUUGUUAAGUGUAAGCAAAUGUGUUUAAAGACAGGUUUCCUGCAUAGUUGAAGACCAACUAGGCUGCAUUGAUCCAGCUUUAUUUAAAAUUACAGGGACAUUGUAAAGUGAAAAGAAGGCAAAAUAUCUUUGACUUCAGUUAGAGAACAGCUGCUGGGUAUAAAAUCAGAAAUAGAAUGAACGGUGUGUUCAAAAUAGUGUUCCUUGUCCUUUAUCUAACUCAAACCUUUUUCUGUUGUCUCUCGUGUCAUACAAUAUACCAGGAAACAGAAAGCACAGCAAUUCUGUUUAUCAUUAAUUUUCUCUCACAUUUAUACAAAAUUAAAUCUUGCCUUGCUGUCCUUAACGUUCCUCCACUUUGUGUGUCCAGGUCUCAGUAUAGAUUAGAUAUGAAGGGAUGCAACAUACAUGAUCAAGAAAAAAUGAGAAUGAUUUUAAUACUAUAAAGGCAGUACUUUGUAAACUCUUUCUCACAAUUGCCUUAACAUUAACCAGUGAUCUUGGAGUUCUAAGGUUACAAAAGUCAUCAUUUCACUUGCAGAACAUAGUCCCUUGUAAACAAAGAGAAAUUUUACAUUUUCUAAGAUUUCCUCUGAAGUAUAUGGCACAAAAUACUUAUUCCUACUGACAUUCUAUUUUUCCUCUUUGUUUUGCUAUCUCAGAGUCAUAGAAAAGUACAGCACAGAAACAGGCCCUUUGGCCUGUCUAGUCCAUGCAGAACUAUUUAAGCUGUUCGUUGCCAUCGUUUUGCAUCAGGACCAUCACCCUCCAUACCCCUACAAUCCAUGUAACUAUCUUUUUUGCUGUCUCCUUCCCUUUCUCUGUUUUUUUCACUUUCAGCUACCUGUUGUGUGUGCCUCUCUGUCCCUAUCAUCCUCCUUUUUGUCCAUCUCACAACUCCACUUCUUCUGUUUAAUAAUUGUUUUUUGCAGUCAUUCUCGUUUAUCUGUCAUUCAUCUGCGCACAUGCAAUUUCGAUCCCCACUGAACACUCAGUCACACAAUGCUUCGCAAUCUGUGGCUGAAACUCAGUCUCUCAUUUUCUUGUGCACCCUCUUGCAGUGUUGCUUCCUCCCUUGUGCUCGCCAUAUCACGUGCUCCAACUGUUUCGCUCUUCCCUCGUCUUUUGCCUCUUUGCAUUCCUGACCUUAACCCUGGUGCUAGCUUACCACUUUGCCACUUGAACUUUCAGAUGGCUGCUCCUUGGCAUCAUAUGCCCUUCUGCUUUCACUCCUCUCUGUACCACUGAACCCUGCCUGGCACAGCUACUUCUUCCCACCCAGCCUGGGUGAUGGAUUUCUGAGGCUUAUGGCUGCUGCUAGAACAAUUUAUUAUUAUUUUUUUUUGCUGGAAUGUUACUCACUUGUGUUCGGACAGUUUUUAUCAGUUCGCAAUCUGAAUCUGUCUCAAAUUUGCCUGACCAUACUGGUGAGUUGCUUUAUAAAUAUAAAUUGUUCUUUUUUUUUCAAACUCACUUUACAAUGUAAGGAAAUACUGUAAUUUUAUUUCCUAAGUUCUUUUCCCCGUCAGAACAGCUUGCCUUACAGUAAACAUUUCAAUUGGCUGACCAAUGACCUUACAACAAUAGUGCUCAAAGUUCAGAGAUGUUCUGCUCAGCUGAGCUGGGAAUGGCUCCUCCAUUUGUGAGAGUUCCUCCAUCCCAGGUGAAAACACCAGCAAUUUAUAUCUUCAAAUGACAUAUUCUGAUGAAAAAUUCUGCCUUGGAUUUGUAAUUAUGAAAUUAUGAUCGUCACUGGCCAGAAUUUCAAAUUCAGUUCUCCAAUAUGCUAUCCUAUACACAGAACUGGUGCCUUUUUUUAAAAAAAAAACUAAUUUUGAGAAUUUGAAAACUACUCUGCUCUGCAGUCUGGUGUCAAAAAUAAUGGGAUGAGAGAAAUUUUCUUUUGACAAUACAUUCCACCAGAAGUAGAGUGUUGGUAUAAAGCCGUUUUGCAGUAGAGAUUGAUUCCAAAGAUAAUCUGAGGAGUUCUGUUUCCCACAAGAAAUCUGAGCAUGUUUUGUUUCGGCAUCAGAUUCACUUCUGAACUUAGGCUGCAUGUACGUUUAUAUCUUGGGUAUAAUUUUUGGAUGUAAUUCUCACAAAGAAUCAUCUAAAGCUAUGGAAUCUUUCCCCCGGAACUGAGAUCCAGAAGCAAUCAAGCGGGAUAGCACAUUUUUAUGUUAAUUUUAUGUUAAUCUUGAUGGGAUACUUUAAUCAAGGUAGAAAUUGUUAUUUUAAGAUGGAAAAUAUUGUAUUCAAUUCAACACUGACUGGAUUGCUUACUUUUAUAGAUCUUCUCUGUUCAUUCCAAUCAAUGAAGUCUGCCAUCUUUCUCUUUUGACAGUGCUGUGUGUUGUCAAUAUAAAACUCUGUUUCAGUUGAUAUGUCAAUUAUAACAAUCAUAAACUUAAAUUAUGUGAAAAUCAAAUCUAAUUAUGUUUCAUGUAAAUCAGGAUUUUUUUCUUUUUAAUUAAAUUUAAUGAAGUGAUGCAUUGCAAAUCCAAACAGGAGAGCAGCAAGAUGUUUAAUAACUUAUAGUCAUGAUGUAACUAUUAUUUAAAGAAAAUGAUUUAUCUUUUGGUGAUAUUAUACUGCAUUUUCUUAAAAUUUAUAAGAAGUUAUAUUAAUAGUUGUGCAUUUGCACAGUAAUUUGAAAUACUUUAUUAGACUAGGGGAUGGUGGGGAUCAUCAUUAGUUUAUAGAUGCUGUUUCACUAGUUGAGAUGUUUUGGGGUCUUAAUUUUCUUGUUCAUAAGAUGAUUGUGAAGAAGACUGUCAGUGGGAGAGAUUCAAGGGAAGACUAUGAGGAGGUGGGUGGGGGAGGGUGAUAAAUUAAUUUUCUUGUGCCAUGACAAGUUUAAUGGAAGUGAGUAAUCAUAAGGAGAUGAGUACUUUUGAAGAAAAGGUUUACGAAAUAUCUUGGAAGGGAGUCCAAUGCAAUACUUGAGUGACUUUAUUGAGAGCAAUGGUGUGGAGCAUUGAGAGUAUUGUUUGAAUAUAGCAGGAGAUUUUCUUUUCAGAGUUGUCAUAGCAUUGAUUAUAUGGUGAAUUUAUCUUGAGUAAUGGACAAAGAAAAAUGAGGAGUAAUCACAUUGAACAGUAAGCAUACCUCUUCACAUUUUUCUCUGGUAAUUCAAAAACAUCAGUUACUUAGCACUGUUUUCCAGUUACUCAGCAAAUAUAUUUACUGCUAUGAUAGGAUACUUAGAGAGCUCAAAAGUAUUGCUGCCAGAUGAAAUUAAUGCACAUUACAAAGCUGAACAGAGUAGAGACUUUAAGUUGGCAAUUUGAUAAAAAUGGUUAUUUUUAUUUUCUUUUAGCAUUCAUUGUUGAGGCUGAAGAGGUAGUGUGUUUCUGUGCUGACAGCUAUACAAUUAAUUUUGGAAGUGCACAAAAACAAGUUGUCUUAUGAUAUGAGACUGCAUGGGUUUUUUUUAUCAGAGUUUAUUAGUUUCAGCACCACUAUUCAAGUAGAAAACAUGUGAGCCCUUUGUUGUAUAAUGAGAAAUGCAGGUGUAGAAACAGAAAAUUAAAGUAUUGGCUCUGCCAGUAGGUUGAACAAGAGUGUAAGGUGUCAGAAUGUAUAUUUUGAAAAUUGAAAGUUUAAGCAGUUCCAUUUUCUAAUUGUUAUAAAGGGCCUAGGUUUAAAUUGUUAAUUUGACCUUUCUCUUUAUUAUGACAAUGGACAUACUCUAUACAGUGUAUUUCUUUUAUUAAAUGUAUUUUGUUUAAGAUUUCAUGUUGUUGGACUAUUCUAAGGAAUAUAGAAGUCUACUGUUAUAAUCUACCACAUUCACUGCAGCUGUAGAUGAAUGGCAGGGAUGUAAGGUGUGUUAGCUAGCCAGUACAGAUCCUGAUAUCCUCUUGUAAGAAACAGAUUAAAAUCAGUAUGUUUUAAUUUUCAAGAGAAGCCUGAGUUCUGUGGUAAACAGGGCUAAAUCUUGGUUAUUGCAGCUCUGAGCAUUGGCAAGAGGUCACACUCUGCAGGGAUUCCCACCCUGUACCUUGGGAGCAAUUUAGUAACUGAAGGCUUUAAAGUUUAUGAAAACAAAUUUAAUUUCCUCCUAGUCCCCUUCUAAUACCGGAGUUUUGUGAGUCAUCUUUGGUCAUUCCAGUGCAACCUAUGUCAGCCUAUAAAAUAUGACAUAGCGGAUUUCAUGAGUAGUGAAUAAAGGCGUUGAUAAAAGAGGACUGCUGCAAGAACUACCAUGACUACCAUGAGGGGGGUGGGUACAGUAGCCUAGCGGAUAGUGCAAUCCUAAAACAGCUCAGGAAGUCAGAGCUCAAAAGUUCAAUUCUGGCACUGUAAGGAGUUUGUACGUUCUGCUCCUGAUCAAUGUGGGGUUCCUCUGGGUACACCAAUUGCCUCCCACAAUCCAAAGAUGUAUCAGUUAGUAAGUUAUUUGGUCAUUGUCAGUUGUUCUGUGAUUAGGUUAGUGUUAAUUAGGUGUGUUGCUGGGCUGCACGGCUUGAAGAGUCAGAAGGGCCUGUUCUGAGCUGUAUCUCUAAAUAAAAAAUAAACAUUAUACCACCUGCAAAGCUCUAAUAUUUAUCGCUCCUCAGUUAGUACAGAGGUGAUAUUGGAGAAUAUAUGAAAUAAAUGGAAGAACCAGAACUUUCUUCAGAACUGGAUCAUGUAUUGCCCCCUUUUAGUAUAUCAAUGAAUGUUCUCACCAUAGCAAUAGUACUGGCAUACCGGGACGAUUUUAAUAUUUUAACAUUACAUAGUGUUUGAUUGUGAUCUGAAUGUUAUUUAUUUAUAAAAGAUAAGUACGAAUACUUUUAUAUUCUGACAAAAAUGCUUGAUGCUGUGGAUACAUGAGUUUUUUUCUGAAUAUUUAUACUGUUUAUGAUUAAAAUGGGUGAAUGAAUGUUA